CUUCGACCAUCUUCAAUACUCUUCCACCACCAUCAAUCUAUACAACAACGUCAAGAUGCGCUUCCGAAGUCAAUUAGCCAACGCGUCCAUCUUCUCCAAACUAACCGCCUCCCUCUCCUCCCUGGGCAAGGUCUGUUGGAUGCGCCUCGAAGGAGGCAUCGUCCGAUUUACCAUCAUCCCCGACCAAGGCACCCAAGUAUGGGCCCAACUCCCUGUCGACUCCAUCUUCGAAGAAGAAUCCUACAUCCUCGAGUCCAACACGGGGGUAAUCAAUCUCGAAGUCCCCAUCGGCUCACUACACCGCGCCCUCCGCUCCGCCGUAGCCUCCAAAUCCGCCAACCUGAGAUUGACCAAAAAAGGUAACGUGCCUCUCCUGGCGCUGACCAUCCGCGCCACAUCCUGGACAUCGGGCUCCAAUGCCCUGGGUAUCCCUGAAAACACCAACACUGAGCACCCCUCCACAACAUCCUCAACAGCCAACACCAACACCACCACCAAUCCCCGUCCCUCCGGUCCCCGCGAACGCGAAACCGUAAUCACGCAGGAAAUCCCCGUCAAAGUGCUCCAUGAAUCCGCCGUCGAGGGGCUCCACCAACCACGAGUUCGAGACCCGGACGUCAAUAUCCUUCUUCCCAGCUUGAUUCAUUUGAAAGGUAUCUCGGAGCGAUUCACGAAACUAGCAACUGAGUCCAAAACCCCAUCAUCAUCGACAACAACCACCGCGUCACCAAAACUCGAGCUCGCUGCGAAUAUGCACGGUUCGUUACGAAUUUCAAUCGGGACCGACGCGUUCCGGAUUUCCAGUACGUGGACGGAUUUGUUGAAUCCGAGUUUGGAUCCGGGACAGCUGGGGCAGGGCGAACUAGAGCAGUUGCCAAGUGAGAGGAUGAGGGGGUUUGCGGCGGAUGAUGAGGCCGGGUGGGCGAGGGUCAGGAUUGAUGGGAAGGAUUGGAGUCGGAUUUUGAGUGUGGGGAGGUUGAACCCGAGGGUUGUGGCUUCAUUCAUUAACGAGACGGCUUUGGUGCUGUAUGUUUUCCUGCCCGGGAGCUGGAAUGAGGAGGAUUCGUGUUUGACGUAUUAUCUCAACUCUUAUGCGGUGGAGUAGUGAACAAGGGAGGGGGUAUUGUCAUAAUUGUUUUACGAGGGUCGAUGAGUAAGAUAUUGGAUCAGAGGAUAUACG